AUGGUUCUCCAAGAUCUCGGGCGACGUAUCAACGCCGCCGUCAACGACCUCACACGAUCUCAGACCCUCGACGAGAAGGCCUUCGAUGGCAUGAUCAAGGAGAUCUCCAACGCCCUGGUAGAAGCCGACGUCUCAAUAAAGCUCGUCUCGACCCUACGCAAGACCAUCAAAACCUCCGUCAAGUUCUCAGAACUCCCACCCUCCGCCAACAAGAGACGCAUAAUACAAAAAGCCGUGUUCGACGCUCUCGUCGACAUAGUAGAUCCACAUCAAAAACCAUACGAACCUCGAAAAGGCAAAUCAAAUGUCAUCAUGUUCGUCGGAUUACAAGGUGCCGGCAAGACCACAACCUGCACAAAACUCGCCCGAUGGUAUCAAGCACGAGGCUUCAAAACCUGCCUCGUCUGCGCCGACACAUUCCGAGCAGGAGCCUUCGAUCAACUCAAACAAAACGCCACAAAAGCCAAAAUUCCCUACUACGGCUCCCUCACACAAACAGACCCCGUAGUCGUCGCCCGCGAUGGAGUCAACCAAUUCAAGAAGGAACGCUUCGAGAUCAUCAUCGUUGACACCUCCGGUCGCCACCACCAAGAAGACGCUCUCUUCGCCGAAAUGACCGAGAUCCAAUCCGCCGUGCAACCCCACCAAACCGUCAUGGUUCUCGACGCCUCCAUCGGGCAAGCCGCAGAAUCACAAUCCCGAGCUUUCAAAGAAACCGCCGACUUUGGCGCCAUCAUCAUUACGAAAACCGACGGCGCUGCGGCAGGAGGUGGAGCCAUAUCCGCUGUUGCCGCAACACAUACCCCCAUCAUCUUCAUCGGAACAGGCGAACAUCUCCUCGACAUGGAAAAGUUCAAUCCGCAAUCUUUCGUCUCGAAAUUGCUCGGUAUGGGCGACAUGCAAGGUUUGAUGGAACACGUACAAUCCCUCCGUCUAGAUCAGAAAGACACGAUGAAGAACAUUACUGAAGGCAAAUUUUCCGUUCGCGACUUGAGGGAUCAACUUCAGAACAUCAUGAAGAUGGGCCCGUUGUCCAAAAUGGCGGGUAUGAUCCCUGGACUCUCGGGAAUGAUGGGGGGCAUGGACGACGAAGAAGGCUCGAUGAAACUCAAACGCAUGAUCUACAUUUGCGACAGCAUGACGGUCAAGGAACUGGACUCGGACGGCAAGAUCUUCGUCGAUCAGCCUGCAAGAAUGACUCGCGUGGCGAGGGGGAGUGGCACGAGUGUCCGCGAAGUGGAGGAACUGUUGACACAACAACGCAUGAUGGGCAACAUGGCGAAGAAGAUGAAGGGCGGAAUGCAAAAUAUGCAGAACGCACAAAAGGCGAUGGGUGGCGGCAACCAGAAAGCCCAGAUGGCGGCGAUGCAGAAGCGUAUGGCCGCCAUGGGCCAAGGCGGAGCGGGUGGCGCUGGAGCGGGAGGCAUGCCGGAUAUCGGAGCAAUGAUGAAGAUGAUGGGUGGAGGUGGAGGCGGCAUGCCGAAUUUGGGAGGCAUGGAUAUGCAGAAGAUGAUGAGUAUGCUCGGUGGCGGAGGUGGGAUGCCGGGCAUGGGUGGAGGUGGGAAGAGGUAGCGGGUAUCUGCAAAGGCCAUCCAACCCCAGUUACACCUUGCCCUGGCUCGUCGAUAUGCCCUCCGUCCCUUGAGUACAGCGCUGAUCGAUCUCCGCGCCGCCCGCUCUCGUCCAGCAAUCUCCGUCGACGGUCCCACCCUUGUGCUUUCGCAGGUUACAGCGCCUGAUCACUGAGAACUCCCAUCCGCCGCUCAGGAACUGCAAUAACGGGCGCGUGUUGCAUAGUCGUCUGCUUGGCAGAGCGGAAUGAGGAUGGUGGCUGAGAAAACAAGGCGGAAGGCGGUGGAGUUCAUGUUUGCGAUUGCUUGGAGGUGCUUGAUGAGUCUAGCGCGGCGGACGAUGGCGCGGAAUCUGAGGGUGGCCGGGUCCGCGAAAUGGUGAACCUUUACUGCGAACGGUAAACUCCUUGAUCUC